AUGGAGGAGGGGAGGGGGCAGCUGACCGUCCCGAAUCGCAAUGGCGGCCCCCUAGCACGGCGUGAGGGAGACGGAGACGAAACCGGGCCCAGGACUGACCGUCUGACUGAUAUCCUGGUCAACAGCUGGACUCUAUCAGGUUCCAGCGGCUUGCCAGCCAGCGCAAGGUCCAGCGAGCGAAUCUAA